AUGGCGCCUAAGGAGCCAUCCACCCCCAAGUCCAAGUCCAAGGUCACCAAGCCGGCCAAGGCAAAGAUCACGAAGCGAACUACAGGCAAGGUCUCCCCUGCCAAGGCUUCCUCUACCAAGGCUUCCCCUCCCGAUGCUUCCCCUCCCAAUGCUUCCCCUCCCGAUGCUUCCCCUCUCAACGCUUCCCUUCCCAGGGCUUCUUCUGGCACGUUUUCCUUUGCCAAAGCCGCCGCUUUUGAAAGGGACCUAGUGUUCUUGUGGAAAUGUGUGAAGAUGUCUAGCGGUAUGAAGAUCGACUGGGCUGCCGUCGCAAAAGAUGCGGGCAAGCCGACUGGUACUGUGCAGAAACAGUACUGGCGACUCAACGCCAAGAUGGAGAAGCACACUGCCACCACCGACCAUCUUGAUCCCAACGAGGAGGACAAUGAGCAGGAGGAUCAAACCGCCAACGACUCUGAGUAG